CACACCCUGUCCCCUUCCUCCAACCCCCAAGCUGGCUGCAUUUAGCCCACGGGGCUUGGACUACGACUUGCAAGAGUUUAGGGGGCAACGAACAGAGUGGCCCUGGGGGUGCCCACUCCCAACAACCACCCGAAACGACGCCUAAGACUCCGGGCAGGGAUGCAGCUGGGGGUCUAGGGAAGCACAUCUACCCCCUCCUCUCCUCAGCCUUGACAGGGUGGUUUCCCAGGCCCCUCAAGACAUUCAUGGAUGGAUAAGAGGAGCUGACACUGGCCUCCCCAUCUGUGAUCACCUUCUCUUCGGCCAUGGAGGAAGCCUUGCUGCCCCUGGCCAUGACCUCUGACCCCAGGCCCUUUAAUCAACAACUUCCAGAGCCUCCAGACCCAAGAUGUGUCUUGGAACCCCAGGACAAUCCUGAAUUGGCACCCGCCCUGGUGUGUGCUCUUUGCUGCUGCUUUGGAAUCAUCUACUGCUGCUUCGGCUACCGCUGCUUCAAGGCAGUGAUGUUUCUCUCCGGCCUGCUGUCAGGAGCUCUGGUGAUCUUCCUGCUGUGCCGCAAGGAACGAGUGCUAGAGACACAGCUGAGCCUGGAGGUGAGCGCUGGCAUUGCGCUAGGCAUCGGACUCCUCUGCGGCCUGGUCACCAUGCUGGUUCGCAGUGUUGGGCUCUUCCUGACUGGCCUCCUGCUAGGCCUAACCCUGGGUUCCGGGGUUCUGCUGGGCACUGAGCCCAUCUACCAGCCACCUUCAGCCUGGGUGCCGGCCGGGGGGCUGGUGGGGCUGGCACUGCUGGGAGCCCUGUUCACGCUUCGGUGGCCGCGUCCAUUCACAGUUCUGGGCACGGCCCUGCUGGGUGCUGCGGUGCUGGUGGCCUGUGCUGACUACUUCCUGGAGGGGCUGGCACUGGGCAGUCGGCUGGGCCAACGCUUGCAGGCACUUCCAGCCUUGCCUCCUCUCUGCUGGUAUAGCUGGGUCUUGCUGGGGACCUGGCCAGCACUGGGGGCCCUUGGUGCCCUGGCCCAGUGGAAGCUCAUGAAUGAGGAACAUGGAGGUCACGCCAACGUGGUCUUGAGCCAACAGCGAAGGCAUCUCCAACUUCUUCGGAUCCGUCAGCAAGAAGCCAAGUGGCAUCGGACCUCCCCUGGUGUGGGGCUCUGCGAGGGCAGCUACCGGCGCCAGCUCCCCGCCAGCGCCCGGAGCCCUGCUGACAGUCUGGCUCCAAGUUAUCUCCAGAGCCUUCGAGAGCGCCAACUGGGACCAGGCACCCAGGCCACAGCCCCCCACACUGUCCUGGACCUGGAUUCUGACUGUGGUUCCACUGUACCCCUCACCAUACCUGGUUCCACCCGGACCUGAGCCUAAACCUCCACCAAUGGCCUUUACCCCACCAAGGACCUGGGAACACUAGGUGGGCAGGGCCUGAGGGCAUAAGACCCCCACACAAAUUUCCCCACCUCUUGGACUUGGGGAUGGAAUCUGUGCUCCAACCCAGACCAGCUCUCUAGGGAUAUGUUUCAGGGACAGAUAGAGAGGAAUCUGUGGGAAGGGAGAGGAAUGGAAGUAUGAGUACCUACCUCUGUCCAGUAAUAGAGGUGCCCGGGUCCCUAAGGUACUGACUCCCUAAUUCCCUCCAAAGCAAACCAAGGAGGGCUGUUACCCAAAUAGCCUUCUGUACACCCACAUCAGUGUGCCUCGCAACAGUAAAAUAAGGUGUUUGUUUUUGUAGGACCUAUAGAAAAUCAAGAAGCCUCCUAAGCUUUUUGCUGGGGAGAAGGGCAGCAGAGGAGUUCCAGGAUCCCUUAAUCCCCAGGCGGUUGGCUUCCUGGUUAGCCUUUCCCUCUGGACCUCAUAGGCUCAAGCCCCCUUCUCCUACCUCAGUUGGUGGUACUGACUGUCCUCCAUGGUGCUUCCCUUUUUUUGGGGGGGCCACACCUGCAGCAUAUUGAAGUUUCCAGGCUAGGGGUCUAA